AGCCCCGCCUCCUCCACGUGACGUUUCACUUCCUCCGCCUCGCGCGCACACAUCAAACUGCAGGAGGAGAGUUUCAGACGCAGAGCAGCGCGCGCCUCGCUAAUAUAAUAAAAGCAAUGCCUGUCCACACAGUGAAAUGCGCUUCUGAUCUGGACACCAUUGCCCCUUCACACGUCCAGCGGAUCUCUAUAUCAAAUCUCAAACUCACCUCUGACUACGUGCACACGAGUGUUAAGGGUGAAGUGGUUCAGAAGGGCUCUGUAGUGUCUUGCAGGCAGAGAGACCACCUGCUAAAGGCUGUUAUCCAAGAUAAAGAGACACAGAGUUCAGACCCAUCACAACACACAUCAAUCAAUGUCAUUUUCUUUGGUACGAUGGCGAAGGACUUUUCGCAGACUAUCAGUCAAGGGGACAUGGUCUUAUUGUCUGGCUUUACUAUCAGCAAAUCACCAACUGAAGAGACAGACAGACUACACCCGUGUCUUUUGGAGAUGAGUAGGAAUGAUGCCUGUGUGUAUGUGUACUCAUCUAAUGUUUUUGUCCCCAGUGGGCCUGAUGUUGUCAGCUCAGAGUCCAGGUACACGUAUGUCCCUUUAAAUGAACUGAAACCCAGCAGAAACCCAGUGAACGUCUAUGGGGUGGUGACCUUCUUCAAACAGCCUUUUCCCACCAAAGGCACAGAUUACUGCUCCACACUGAAGAUCACAGACCAGUCAAAUGUUAAAGUGAGCUGCACCAUUUUUAGUGAAAGGCUCGAGGACCAUCCAAAAAUCUUCCAAAUCGGAGACAUCAUUCGUCUUCACCGAGUGAAGGCUCAGAUGUUCAACGGAUCCAUGACUCUGCUGACCACUUUAGGCUGGUCUACUGUCACAUUUGAUGGGAAGAUUGACAGCCCUAUUGAGCCCCGAACAUCAAGUAGGACUUUCAACUUUGGUGCAGUAGAUAAACAUACAGUGGAGGGUCUGCGUCAGUGGGCAGCAAGCCAACUUCUGAAUAAGGAGCCCACAGUCCCCCUGUCCUCAGUGCAGCCCAAGAUGUUUUUUGAUUUGACCUGCCAACUGCUAGCCAAAGCCAGCAUGGACACCAGAUGCAUGCUGCUUAAGGUCUGGGAUGGGACACAAUGUACACACCCUCUCCUCAAUGUGGCCGUGGCACCAGAUGCCUUAGAGGGAAAAUACCCUCAGUCUACAGCUCAAGAGAACAUGAUUGCUAACGUUCUGGUCUAUGACAACCAUGUGGAGGGAGCCAGUAAGUUGAAGCCCGGCAUGUUUCUGCGCCUGUACAAUCUUCAUGCAGUGCCUCAAAGGGCUCCUGAGCAAUCUGCUGACUCCGCCAGCUCCCUCUGCUUCCACCUGCAUGGUGGCACUUCAUACGGUAAAGGCCUGUGUGUGCUUCCUUCAGAGAGCCCAGAGCUCCAGCCACUCAAGAGAUUGUUACAGAGUGCUGUAGCUGAUGAAGAUGAGGUGAAUGAUGCCACUCUUGUAGAGGCUUGGUAUACUCCUCCAGAGGCUCUUGGCGAAAGAGUGAAUGAAGAUUGUUUUACAGUCCGGACAUGUGGACACACACUGCAACAGGUAUCACUUGCUCAUGUGAAGAGAUCGGCUACACCUAUGGUUUUUCAUGUUUGUGCCAAGGUGAAAUCUUAUCAACCGCAGAACCUCUACCAGUGUCUUAAACUCUUCUGUCCACAAUGUACAGCACUAGUGGAGGUCCCCAAUGAUGAGGUUAUAGCUCAGGUAUUCCAGGAUGCUAUGAGAGGCAGUCAGCCAUGCAGUGAGCAAUGGGCUAUCACCUCUACAGUGGACACUAUUAGCAUGCACGUGUCCUGUGACAUGAUCGUGAAGGAUACACACACGCAACUGCUGUUUCUCCAGGGAGUCACACUGGAAGAAGUGUGUGUGAUAUCUGAUGCACAUAGCAACGUUGUCCCUGUGCGCUCGGAUAAUGGGAGAAUGAGACUGCUGGAUUUCUCAGCCCCGUUUCUCUUCUGUAAAGACAAGAGAUAUUUUGGGUGUAAACGCUGCUCCCAGUCCACAUUUGUGGAGCCUGAUGUUUCUGAAGUAGAGAUAUGGGAUCAACAUAAUGUGGCCAAAGCUCUUGGCGUGCAGCUGAUGCAGUAUGCCCUGCUGAUGAAAUUUGAGCUAGUGGAUGAGACAGGCACACUUGAAGCUUUAAUUUGGGAGGAUGCUGAAAAAUUCUUCCAUGUCACGGCUGCUGACACCUCAGCUUGUCAGGAUUCGCAGGAUAAAGUUCAGACCACCAUGGAUAAGCUUCAUCCACCAGGGAGCAGCAUGGCAGAGCACCCGUGGCUGGACCUCUGCCUCAGCGCCUACACUGUGGAGGAGAAUGGCACAACUCAAGUGUGCUACCAGAUCACUAACACAGAAGCAAAAGGCAAUUUCUAAACUCCCCAGUGAGGCCAGCUUUCCUUUGGAAGAAAAAUGCUGUGGAGAAACUACAGUAAUGCACCUUUGGAUUGAAUGCCCUUCCGUUAGAAAUUUAACAAACAAAAAGUGAGAUUAGCCAAAUCUUGUAUACUCCAAAAUAGUUUUUUGUUAUCAAAUGUGUAUAUGUACAUUUUUUUUUUUACCAAUAAUAAAGUAAUUUAUCAUUUUUUUGUAAUAUGGUCUAGCUUUGUUGUUUUACAGUUUGGGAAUAAGAUCUAACAUAAUUUAUAGCCCACUGCACUGAUCCAGAUCAUUAUAAAACCUUCAUCUGAAUAUACAAGCUGCCUUCAGUUUAUAAAAUUACAUUCAUGAAAAAUUACUCCUCCCUCUUCAACAUUCUCUUCUAAACGAUAUAUAUAGGCACCGGGCUUUUUGGUGCUAAUUUAAAGUAAAAAUUGUAAAGUAAUUGCAUGUGGCAACAUUCAGAAGCAAGUGUUUAACAAAACAUUUCUGAGUUGAGUAGCCAUACAAAUCAUUUCUUUUUAAUAGAACUGCAGUAUGUGUAUUAUUAAUGUGUAAUCAGUAUUUAGAAUCAUGUGGAUAGAAUUUUAAUGUUGACAACAAUUAAAAAAAAAGAUUCUGCUUAAGACA